AUGGCCUACCAGGGCUUCGCGCAGGAGUACCUGGGCAUGCCGGCCGUGACGCGGGCCUACACCACUGCCUGCGUGCUCACCACCGCCGCCGUGCAGCUGGAGUUCAUCACCCCCUUCCAGCUGUACUUCAACCCCGACCUCAUCUUCAGGAAGUUCCAGAUAUGGAGGCUGAUCACCAACUUCCUCUUUUUUGGGCCCCUGGGAUUCAGUUUCUUUUUCAACAUGAUAUUUCUGUACAGGUACUGCCGCAUGCUAGAAGAAGGCUCCUUCCGUGGAAGGACAGCUGACUUUGUCUUCAUGUUCCUCUUCGGAGGGUUUCUCAUGACACUAUUUGGACUCUUUGCCAGCCUGUUUUUCCUGGGCCAGGCUUUCACCAUCAUGCUGGUGUACGUGUGGAGUCGCAGGAACCCUUAUAUCCGCAUGAACUUCUUUGGGCUUCUUAACUUCCAGGCCCCCUUCUUGCCCUGGGUCCUGAUGGGAUUCUCUCUGCUCCUGGGCAACUCCAUCAUCAUCGAUUUACUGGGGAUUGCAGUGGGUCACAUCUAUUAUUUCUUGGAAGAUGUUUUCCCCAACCAGCCUGGAGGAAAGAAGUUGCUGUUAACGCCCGGCUUCCUGAAGAUGGUAUUUGACACACCAGAAGAGGAUCCCAACUAUAACCCUCUCCCUGAGGAUCGUCCAGAAAACCAACCUAUAGACCAAGACCAGAACCAGCAGCAGCAUCCACAGUAACACAGGGGACUACUCCAUGUGGCCAGAUUCCUCUCUUCCGGCUGGACUUACUCUGUGGCCCAGAGAUCUUACUGGAAUAACACCAGUUGCCAUUCUGAUGUGUAAUGUUUCACUGUUUGUAUGGGUAACCCAUCUUUCCCCUUGUACCAAGUGGUUCCACAGAGCUUUGCACAUAAGAACCGAUGAAUGCUUACGGAGGUGUUUGAGGGACAUGGACUAGAAGUUGUGAUGGCUCCUCAGUUACCCAGUGGGGAAUAAGUAUCAAAUGGGGUGUUAAAUCUGUUAUUCCUUCUCUUGCUGUUAAUGAUUUGCUGUGUGCCAGGUUGCUCUUGCCCUCUGUACAAAGACUAAUGCUCCUGGCUCUCACUGUUGUGAGUCCUCUUUGUGGGCUUUCAAUGAAGUAGUACUCCCAACUCUACCAUGGUAGAAUGCAGCUCAGCCUCUUCCUUUCCUCCAAGUCCCCCACUCCUUUUUUGGUUGUUGUUUCCAAAGAGUCUUUACAUUAAAGUCUUUAUUUUUCA